AUGUCUCUCCAGCAAGCGGCGCUGCCGGUGCCGUCGAUGACCAAGGAGCACCUUUCGACUUCUGCUCCUUACAAAAACUUCAAACUGAGCGUUGCGGUCUCCACUGCCCCCAUGCCUAUGCCCGCUGCCGCCGACCCAACAGCUUUCGACUUCUCGCAAGAACUCCAAACAGACGACGCACACCUCUCUCCACAAAAACACCAACUCCUUGCAAAGAACGCCAAGCCGAGCGCCCCCGCCCCUACUGCCAACGUCCCCGCCCUCACCCCGGCCCACGCCCAACGAAUGAAGCAGCGACCAGGUAGAACAGACAUACCAGGGAGCCGGUUUCGACCUCUCACAGAAAACUCAAACUCGCGCCGCAGCAGUGGUACGCACCCACCACCACCAUCACCAGCAGAGCAAGCAGCAACCAGGACCACCUUGCGACUUCUUACAAAGAAGCAGAGCAAUGCACACAGGUUCGCUGGAGAAUUGUACAUCGGUGUCAGCAUCUCGGCUUUCGAAAAGUUACCGUGCGACGCCACUGCCACCACCGCUUCCACUCGCAAAGCUGUGCCACAAGGUGUAGCGAACAGUCGGAGCAGGUCAACGUGA